CCGGCCACACACACACACACUCCCGCAGCCACGGCGGUCACCCCACGGAGAGGCAGUGUUGUGCGAGACCUUGGCGAGUGUGGACCUACGUUCUUACCGCUCUGAUACCCCGCGAUUUGUGCUGACGGUACUAACGUCCGCGGAUAUGGUUAUAUGAUAUGUGCAGGUGUUUUCUAUUUACUUGCGAAUGAUUUUAUGUUCGAAGUAAUUUGUUUGAGCUGACUUAGCACUGAAUCAACGUUGUUCAUUAACUUUUAGAAAGAAACCAGCAACUUGGAAGUGAUGUGCUGUGUUGGAGUGCAUUUUAAGGACGACUUCCCCCACUCACUGUGGAGUUUUACGUGACUCUCCGGUGCCGGGAACAUCGAUCUCAGGACCAAAGGAUUUGUUCAGCUUGCUCCAAACAACAAUGAAGCCUAGAGUCUCCAACAACCACAUUUUAAAAGGCUCUCAACCCAAGUAAAAACAAAACAAAAACAUUACAAACAUUUCGAAAUACCAGACAAAAACAUUUUAAAGGACAGAACCAGGACGGUAAACACGAAGAAUAAUUUAACUGAGAAUCUGAAUCUGUUAGAAAUGUAAAAAAAAAAUGACUGAAGGAAUUUACACAGUAACCAAGACACACAUUCCUUUGAGCCGCCUCAGACACGCCAACUAAGAUUCUCCCUAUUUGGCCGCCUCCCACCCCUACACGCCACGCCCACGCACCUGACAAGAUGAAUGGGCGUGGAAGGACAUGAUCGAUGUUGUCUCAUCAGAAUUCGCCAUAGAAAAUUAUGCUCAGGUGGCCGGCGCUGGCGGGUCAUGGAUGGAGUGGGAAAACCGCCGCCGCCGUGACGCCGAGGAGUCUGCCUGGCCUCCGCCCCGCCCACCAGACUUCCCCUCUUUCCCAGAGGGCCCCUGGAGUGACAGCCACACCUGGGAGGACGACCCCGAAGCCACACCCUUGGAUGACAACCCUUGGGAAGACUUUGCAUUGGAGGACAAUCACUGGGAGGACACAGGUGCAACAGACGACGAUGGCCUGCACACGUGUGACUGUGGUGGGCCACCGCCUCCCAUGUUCAACCUGCCGCCCCCUCCACCAAUCCCCAAGUUCCCUGAGGAGGAGGAGGAGGGGUCUGGCUGUGAUGCCCCGCCUCCCUCGGAAGUGUGCCCAGCCCUCCUGGUGGCGGGGGGCGCCCACACUCACCAGAGGCUCCACCCUCCCCUGGCAGCACUGGUGGUCGCCGCUGCUACUCUCACCCUCGUCUUCAUUAUCGCUGCCCUUGUCUGCUGGAGAUACAGAAGACAGCGAGGUAGACGGGGACCCUCUAAGUCGACCAGCGAUCUCACCAACGGCGUUAUCUACGAGGACCUGCCGUCUGGACCCACUCCUAGGGUUGUGCCCGCCUCCCACGGUCACGCCCACACCCGAGACACCCACACACUCGCACCCAUGGAGCUGUUGGAUAUGAAACUAACGUCACAUGUUCACAACACAUCGUACGGCGGGGCGGAAACCACGACACCAACGCUCUUGCAGCAGUACCAAACUCCUCAGCAACUGUCACCCACCUUCACCCACGGCCACACCUCCCCACCUUACUCACCUAAGCAGACUUACGACGCCCACCGCUCCAGUAGAAGUUCUCAAGAGAUUUACAACCCGACUUACGAGGAAAUCUCUACAGCUGCGGUUGACGGGUUGAGUGUGUCGCCCUCAGGUAGUGACACCACUUCCGUCAGCAGUGCCAGCGUCAGCUCAGAGGGCACUGGCGCUCCACAGCCCCGAGAGAGGAUCGGGGAGGGGCCAGGGCCCCCCGGGAUAUGGUCCGAGCCCGGCAGCUGCACGUGUUCGGGGCGCCGGGCCCCACAGGGGCGGAGAGGAGUGCGGGGAGGACGGACCCGAAAGCCGCGGGCGACCAGCAGCGCCACCAGCACCGGCACUACGGAGGGCAGCGAGUACCACGAAGCCCUUCUGCCCCAGCUGGUUCCUGCUCUGGCCAUGAAAGGCACCACCCGUCACCCCGCCCUCCCCUAUACUAUCCAGGGAACCAGCGACGGUCGCACCUCCACUUCCUCAUCUUCUGACCUUCCUGUUGACCGCUGCCUUGCCCCUCGCGAGCCACGUUAUUACGUGGGGGUGCCGCCCCCCAUCACCCGUAGUCCUAGCACUCCUGACGGCCCAGGGCGCGGGCCUCCAGGCCUCCAGUUUGGAGGAGACUCCAUAGAGGGCUCCUCUGGAACGUCAACGUGUGGAGGCGAGCGACCCUCCCCGACAGAAAGAGGGCUGCCCCCUCUGCCCUCCCGCAGCGAUCGCUACCGCAUCUACUUCACCACGGAACGACGAAGGGGGGCGGAGGUAGCGCCGCACCCUGCCACUACACGCACCCUCGACCCCGCCGCUAGAAAGCGCCAGCGGCGAUACGACACUACCAACACCAGGGAGAACGAGCCGCUGUACCACGAGCUGUAACUGUCCUGAACCCCACCUUUAGCUCGUGCACUAUAAUGCACCACCUCUGUUGUACCGCUGCUCCACCAGCGUCUAUCUAUCCCCCUUUGCACUUGACCAAGGACAACCGAAAACAAAAGUCAAUUUACCACACACACACAAACACACACACACACGCGCGCGCGCAUUUACUAGACACCGGUCUCCACCUCCUCAGUCUCCUCUCACACCCACCGACACUCACUAAGGGGGGUGCUGACUGUUGGGUGCUAUUUCGUGCCAACUGACUCACCCUCAGCUCCCCCAACCCAUGGCUCACUACACUCCUCCCUUCACCCACCAACCUAACAUGCAUACACUCUAUUUCACACAAACAAAUACACACACACACACACACGUGCGCACACAAAAUUUCAUGAAUGCACUAACACGCAUACACUCACCGGGUGGGAGGGAAGCAGGUGGAGUAGAGCGGAAGGCGUGGUGGAGGUGGAGGCCAGAAUGACACGGUGUGUGGGGGUCCUCACCUGGUGUGACGCACCUGCAAGUAAAGGAGGUCACCUCUACUCCUGAGUAAUGUUUCUUUUUUGUAUCUUUCUUUAAAAUUCAGUUUUAUAAUAAUAUUCUGUAAAGGUAAAGAAAAAAGUUGGAUUCAUUAUAGAGGAAGCGAAGCUUUGACUGCGGCGGUACGCAGCCAAGCAGAGCAAGUGAACGUUGUGUGUAUAUACACUGCACAGUACGCGUACACACACACACACACACACAAACACACUCACCCUGUAGACAAGGUGUUGCAUUGUUCUCCCACUAUGUAAACACACAUAUAUACUCACACACAUACACACAUAGUCAGUAGCGCCCUCUGAUCAAUAUUACCUGUUACUCAUAUAAACCAAUGUAUAUCAUUUUAGAACUUAGUAAUUUAAAGGGUUUUACAAAAUAUACAUACCAUUGUGAUACAGGAUAUAGUUCAGGUCUUGAGUUAAUGUCAGAAUCUGCAACGGAUACACAGUAUGUGAAACAAAGAUACUAACAUAUACAGAUACACUGAUAUAUAUAUAUAUAUAUAUAUAUAUAUAUAUAUAUAUAUAUAUAUAUAUAUAUAUAUAUAUAUAUAUAUAUAUAUAUAUAUAUAUAUAUAUAUAUAUACAUAUAUAUAUAUAUAUUCAGGAAUAGUUGGGGGACAUGCUCAGUUUUACCUUUGUUAUAUCUUUGAAGGUAUAAUGUUAUGGCAACAUGAUUUUAUGACAAUCCUCUUGGUAUCAGAAAAGAAAUUGGAAAAAAAUGUGUACGAGAAACAAUUUUAGUAAUAACGGAAACAUCUACAAAAAUGAAAAAACUGAUAAUGUAAUCUGUAUCUUGCACAAGUGUGUUGCGGGGAGUAAAUGUGUGACAGUCAAAAAAGUGACGUCUCGAGUACCCAAAAAAUUACAAAUUGUUUUAUCUUGACACAGCUGUGAUGCUCUCUAACAAUCAGUCAUUGUAAACUACUCCCGCUGACAGUGAUGGAGUCAAGACAAAUAGUCUUGAUGAGAGGAAAAUGACAGGGAGGCGCAUGUGAUGUUGAACCAGGGUAGGUAAGAAUGGUGAAAAUAUUAUGUGUUUCCGACGAACUUGUCUGAAGAUAGUGGUGAUGAUAACACUGAUUGGGGUAAUGGCAGGAAAGAGAACGACAAGGGUGAAAGUGAGAAUGCUAUCGAUGUCACUGAUAAAGAAACAGACUUAAGUGAUAGUCACAUUAGCAUGAAGACUACAGAGGCAAAACUUAAACUCUGUAGCAAUAAGAGUGAAGGUGAGGCAUACGACCCUGAUGAUCAUGAGUACCAAUGACUGGUUGAUUUUUAUUUUGAAAGACAUUAGUGAAAAUGAACUUGUCUGAGAAUAAAUGAUAAACUGCGUAAUUUGAUAUGAUAAUUUUUUUGGCAGCAAGUUUGAGACAAUCUUAGUGAAGAGAACCCCCAGCCUGGACCAGGUGGUAGAGUGACCAUCAUUACCAGUGAUAAUGCACAUAUCAUGUAUCCUCUUCAUCCCUCUGUUUCCACGUUUUUGUUUUAUCUUACUAGAGCCCUUCUCUUUUUUUAUUAUUCUCUCUAGGUCUGUGUGCCCGUUUGUCUGUCUUUCCCUCACUCACUCAGCCAUUACCUUCACUCUCGUCUUUCUUCAUCUUUUCCUCCUCCUCCUCCUAUUUGUUUUUCUCUUGUCCCUGCUCUGUAUCUCCUUAUAUUUUCCUUCUUUAAUGGAAGUAUAUAUUUGUAAAAAAAAAAAAUGUUUCGUCACCUACAACAGACGAGAUUACAGAAUUUAAACAUGUGUUUUAAUAUCUAUCCCGGUGACCAAAGUCCUCAAUAUCUCAUUCACGAUCAGAUUCUAAAAUUUGUCAAAUUCUACAGCUUUUUCUUUACCUGAAAAAAAAAACUCAAGCACAGCAGUCUACAUUUGGUUUCCGUUUUCUUCAUGAUAAAAUGAUACUGGCGUUAAGUUGCCUCACUAGCCAGCUAGCGUGUGCGAGCUGUGUACUGUACGGUACUUAGUGAGGACGCUGCUGCAUAUAACUAAAUCAAUAAUCAAAUAAGAAGCGGUAACCGAUUAUCACUCUUAUGAAGCUGAAGCAAAGAUUCAUAAUAGUUAUCAAGAUUCAUCGCUUUCCAUAUAUAUAUAUAUAUAUAUAUAUAUAUAUAUAUAUAUAUAUAUAUAUAUAUAUAUAUAUAUAUAUAUAUAUAUAUAUAUAUAUAUAUAUAUAUAUCAUGACAUUAUAGAAUGGAGUCCCUUUUUGUAUAGAAACUAUUUAACAUGAAUAUAAACUCCCCAGCAGCCGAGACACUUGAGACCUUCCGGGGUCACCUGACAACACCGUAGUUAAACUGGUUUAAUAAUUUCAUGGGAUACGAUUUUUUUUUCUAUGGUGAUGUAUUUUGUAUGGAGUAUAUCACACAGGCGAAGGGCAUUGUGUUAUGCUAGUCACUCACUUUGUUGUUAUUGAACAAUCAGCAACACUCACGUAGAGCGGCCAGAGGGUGGAGUGAGGUGUUCCGUGCUCCCCCAGGGUGAUGGAACACCUACCCUCCACUCUCAGCCACCAGGUAAACAGGAAAAAAAUAUUAUUCUUCACGUGAUUGUACUUAAAAUUAUAUAGAAAUCAUGUAUAUGUGAUAAAUUUUUUACGAUUAAAUGACUUACGAACUUAA